UGAUUGGUUAUUAAUCCGGCCUUUAAGCUCUCAACUCCGUACGCCGCCGAUGCUCAACUCCGCCCCGAACUGGAUAUAUGAAUGGCAUUCCAACACACGCCGACUAAGACAUAUCACUACCAGAACCAUCAUAUUUCAAAAAAAAAAAAAAAAUUGAAAUCAUAUAAAGGCAAUAAGCAAUGGCAACUGAGGAACAGCCAAGAGAAUUGAAGAAUACACCACCAGCCUCGCCAGCUCCGGAAGAACCGUAUAGCAUCUUCGACAAGCGGCAGAAAGCCCUGAUAGUACUUGUUGUUUCGACCGCUGCAACUUUUUCCGGAUUUGCAUCGAAUAUCUAUUUUCCCGCACUUCCAACCAUUGCUCAUGACCUGGACAUUUCCAUAGAACUUGUCAACCUCACAGUAACGUCAUAUCUAAUUUUCCAAGGCUUAGCACCUAGUCUUUGGGGCCCCAUCUCAGACGUUAAGGGGCGCAAAAUCGCCUACGUCUUGACUUUCCUCGUAUUUCUAGGUGCAUGCGUUGGUUUGGCCGAGACAAAGAACUAUGCGACCCUCAUAGUGUUAAGAUGUUUGCAAAGCACCGGCAGUGCAAGUACUAUUGCAAUUGGGUCUGGUGUGAUUGGAGACAUUACGACGCGUGCUGAACGCGGUGGAUUCAUGGGAAUCUUCCAGGCUGGGUUGCUUGUUCCCGUCGCGGUUGGCCCAGUCAUUGGAGGCGCUCUAGCGGGAUCGUUGGGAUGGAGAGCAAUCUUCGUAUUCCUAGCAAUUUACAGCGGCGUCUUUCUCGUCUUAUUGAUCAUUAUUCUGCCCGAAACCCUGAGGUCAAUCGUUGCGAACGGCAGCAGGAAGCCGUCAAACCCGCUCGCCGCGUUUCCCUUGACCGUUUACCAGAAUCUCACUACAGUAAGCUGGAAUCCGGAAGCAGGCUCUGCCGAGCCUGCGGCGAGGAAGCGUAUCGAUGCUACCGGACCAUUGCGCAUCCUUAUCAGUAAACAUGCAGCUCCCAUCAUCCUAUUCCUCGCAAUAUACUAUGCUGUUUGGCAGAUGAGCAUCACCGCCAUGUCGACUCUCUUCCAAGAACGCUACGGCCUUGGGGAGACCCAAAUUGGCCUCACGUUCAUCGCAAAUGGUGUUGGGUCUAUGAUCGGGACGCUUGUCACGGGGAAGAUACUGGAUAUAGAUUAUCGCCGAGUCAAGGCUCAAUACGAAGCUCGAUCAACUCAAGCAGAUCCCGAAACUGUUAGUGGACAACCACAAUCCUCAUCAUACGCGGAGGACCACUUCCCACUUGAAAAGGCGCGCCUUCGGCUCAUCCCUCUUUUCUCCUUUACCCAGUGUUUAUCUAUCAUCCUCUUCGGCUGGACCAUUCACUAUCCCGAUCGCGUCCACAUUGCUGUCCCCAUAGUCUCCACGUUCAUCACCGGCUGGACCGCUGUCUCCACGCAGUCCAUUGUCAUGACCUACCUUGUCGAUAUCUUCUCCGACCGCAGCGCCGCGGCCAGCGCCAGCCUGAACCUUGCCAGAUGCUUGUUCGCAGCUGGCGGCACAAGCUUCGUGGUACCUAUGGUGAGCGGCAUCGGCGCCGGCUUGGCUUUUACGAUAUGCGCCAUCGUCCAAGCCGUUGCACUAUUGGGCGUGGCCAUCCAGUGGAGAUUUGCCGCUUCGUGGAGGCAGAAGGAAAAACAGGCGAGAGAAGGGUGAUAUUUUUUUUUUUUAAAAAAAAGGAGGACAAUAGAAAGAAUCGGAAAAGAGAUUGUGUGCCCAUUAUUGUACCACCAUUAAUAUCAUAUAAUUAGGUGGGUAGUUUCUUAUUGUAUUGCAUCCUCAACUGAGAUCAGAGUAAAGGGGUACUCGUAAGUACCAACCUAGGGUACUUCGCACGAGCAAUUUCGUUGAGAAUCGUCAAGGUUGACUGUAAGGCAUCCUGGAGAAGGUCAUAUAUAUAGAUUAGAUAAAUAAUAGGUUAA